AUGACUAGAAAGAAAGUCAAGCUUACUUACAUUCUCAAUGAUACGGCUAGAAAAAUCACAUUCAAGAAGAGAAAAGUUGGCAUCGUGAAGAAACUAGAAGAAUUGACCACUCUGUGUGACAUUGAAGCAUGUACUGUCAUCUAUAGUGCCUAUGAUUAUCAACCUUUAGUCUGGCCAUCGAUUGAAGAAGUACACAGACUUAUCACGAAGUACCAGAGUUUUCCAAAGGUUGGUCAAGAAAAACGAAAGGUCAAUCACGAGACCUUCACUCGGCAGAGGCUGGAAAAGAUACAAAAAAAGCUUAGAAAACAACUAAGAGAAAACCAUCACAAUCAGAUGAUACAAAUCAUGUUUCAAUCCAUGAUGCAUCCACAAACAGCGAUGUCAAGGCUGAAUGUGGAAGAUUUCGAGGAGCUGGCUCGAGUUACCGACCAGAACCUGGUGGAGGUUCAGAGGAUGAUGGAGAUUCGUCUGAGGGAUUCCUCUUCUUUCAACCAUCCUCCUCCUCCUCAAUUUGGCACCGGCGGCAGUGAGGGUGGUGGUAGCCAACAAAUUGGUUUAACCCAAGCUGAAUUCAUGCCCCCAAAUCAUAGGGGGUUUGAUUCUUUCUUGGCGUCCAAUAUAACAUAUCCUCCUGCUCCGAUCAUGGAGUUUCCAACUCCCAACAUAGAUUUUCAACUUAACAAUAUGGGAUUUGAGCCCCAUCAUAUGAAUUUCCAACCUGAUAACAUGAUGUUUGAGCCUCGAAAUAUCAAUUUUCCACAUGCCAACAUGGGAUUUCAGCCUCCCAAUAUGGGUUUUCAACCCGAUAACAUGGGAUUUCAGGUUCCAAAUGUUGAUUUUCAACCGGCCAACAUGGGAAUUCAGCCUCUGCCCACUGAUUUCCCGCAAAAUGACAGGCCAUACAUGGUGGAUCCCAACAUGGGAAUGUCAUACCCGAGAAACCCGCCCACAUUUCCUUACUACCAUAACAAUGACAUGGGCCCACAUGACCCCUCUUCACAUUAA